UUAAUACUUCAAACCUUGGAGUUCUGGGAUAAAGUUCUUUCUAUAUAUUUUCUGGGGUAUUGAUCAACUUGGUUAGUUUUCGUGAUGGAAUGGUCCGCAACAUGUGCUACAAGGGCUUACCUUGAUACCCUUCAACUGUGUAACAAUCAUAAGAGAGAAUAUGGCUCUUGGAGAAUGCAAGAGCCUGGAAGCAAUGAAUUUGUGUCAGCAUUAGCAGCAGGGAUGAAAGCAAAACUAAUAGUGGAAGUGACAUCUCGUGCAUCCCCAUCAACAGUAGCCCUUGCAGCUGCUGCACGACAAACUGGAGGCAGGCUAGUGUGUAUUCUCCCGGAGCCAGUCCUUGAUGAGUCCAAAGAUGUUAUUAGGAACUCAGGGCUUGAAGACCAAGUAGAAUUUAGAACUGAAGAACCAUCCAAGCUAUUGCCCUACUAUGAAAAUAUUGAUUUCUCCCUAGUUGAUUGCACAUAUGAAAACUAUGCAAGGUUGCUCAACUUGCUAGAUGUUAAUCCUACAAGAUCUGUAGUGGUGGCAAACAAUCUGUUUGGUGAUAAAAAAGGGUUGGACUUGGGAGGCUAUGUAAGAAGAAAGGAUGAGAAAGUAGCAGUAAGAUCUCUAAAGCAUCCUAUAGGGAAAGGUAUGGAAGUUACUAUGUUUAGCAAGAAUGAUGAAGCUGAAAUGAGACUAUUUGGAGUCAGAGGACAUCAUAGCAGAAAAAGGAACAAGAGCAAGUGGGUUGCCAAGUUUGACGAAGAGAGUGGUGAGGAACAUAUAUUCAGGGUACCGCAGGUUGAUUUGUUCUGGAAUUAA